UAAAAUGAACGAAAAUGUUAAUCGCAAUACUUUACGAAAGUGUAAAUCCAAAGAAAAUAAAACAUCUGAAAACCAUAAAGCACGCCUUACCAAACAGCAUGAGAGAUACUACCAAAAAAAAGUAACAGAAACUACUGAACAAAGAGAUAAAAUCGAAUUGAAUCUUGAGGCCAAAACAGCCGCAGCAAAAGCUGCAGCAAGAUCAAGCCAUAAGACAACAAUAGUCGCAACAAGACCACAUGAGAUUGCAGCAGGACUAAGCUAUAAGACAAUAACCGCAGCAGGAUCAUAUGAGAAUGCAGCAGAACGGAGCCCAGCAGAAUUGACCUAA